UCAUUGCACGUACUAUUACGUCACACGUAAGGUCAAGAGGAAAGAAGUAUGGCUGCUGUGUUGAGGGGGUCUCGGUAUCUAGUAGGAAGGUGUUGCAAGCAUGUUGACUUUGUGUUUGUAUCCACAAGGUCUAUGGCCUCAAAGACACAGGUGGGGUUUGUUGGUCUGGGAAAUAUGGGAAACCCAAUGGCGAAGAACUUGCUGAAGCAUGGAUACCCAGUCAUUGCUACCGAUGUGUUCCCAGAGUCCUGCAAGGAAGUGCAAGAGCUGGGUGCUCAGAUUGUGGAUAAUCCGGCUGAGGUAGCAGAGAAGGCUGAUCGUAUUAUAACAAUGCUCCCCUCUAGUCCCAAUGUCAUCGACGUUUACACCGGACCCAAUGGCAUUCUUAAAAAGGUAAAGAAAGGCUCCCUACUCAUUGACUCCAGCACUAUUGACCCAGCUGUGUCAAAAGAAAUGGCUGCUGAUGCUGAGAAGAUGGGGGCCGUUUUUAUGGACGCACCUGUAUCAGGAGGUGUGGGUGCCGCCAGCUCGGGUAAACUGACUUUCAUGGUUGGAGGAGCAGAGGAGGAAUUUACUGCUGCUAAAGAACUCCUGAGCUGCAUGGGAGCUAAUGUGAUCUAUUGCGGUCAAGUUGGAACUGGACAGGCUGCUAAAAUUUGCAACAACAUGCUUUUAGCUAUUGGAAUGAUCGGGACUUCUGAGACAAUGAACUUGGGAAUCAGACUUGGUCUUGAUCCCAAACUUUUGACCCAAAUCCUGAACAUGAGUUCAGGCCGGUGUUGGUCUAGUGACACCUACAACCCUGUACCAGGAGUCAUGGAAGGAGUCCCCUCUGGGAAUAACUACCAGGGAGGCUUUGGCACUCAGCUAAUGGCUAAGGACUUGGGCCUCGCUCAGAACACAGCAACCAACACAAAGACGCCUGUCCCUCUCGGCUCCUUAGCCCAUCAGGUGUAUCGUAUGAUGUGCGCACGUGGUUACGGCAAUAAAGAUUUUUCCUCAGUGUUCCAAUUUUUGCGUGAGGAGGAGGGCCAGUAAUGUCAGCCUCCACGCCGUCCACAGCCUUUCCAUGCCCAGCUCUGCACAGGACUAACAUAGCGUAGUUAGGGUGCAUUUCACCACAAGGGCUUUUUUUUUUUCUUGAAGGUCUCAGAGCUCCAACAAAGUGUGACAAAUCAAAUGAGAACUUCAUUCCUGUCAGGAAAUCAUGUAUCCUGUGUGAUCUAGCCUUUUUAUAGUAAAAACACUCAUUUCAUUUUUUAUUUACAAGAUGUUGAAUUAUCAUCUAUGUAUCUAAAAUUUUAGCAGAAAUUCUUCUUGGGGUUGAACAACUACAAAUGCAGGUUGUUCUCUGCAUAUUUAUCUAUUGUUUGCAAUGGUUUCUUUAUGUUGCUGUUUUGUUUUUUGUUCAUAGGGGAGUUGAUGCUUGAGUGUCAUGUGGUAUCCUGUUUAAAAAACAAAAUAAAGAACAAUGUUGGCGUCUUUAA